AUGGUGGUUGAUAGAUCAGAUGACCCUCAGAUAAAGACGAAUGCUACAAUUAUUACCGCUGAUGAUGAUGCUAGGUCGGACCAGUUUCUGAAAGUGACAAUCGAAGUCAAUGAUUCUUUUGCAUUUAUAGGUGAGGAUAAUGAAGUCUCCCAUGAGGAUCAAACUGCAUUUAUAGAAAAACUAGGCACCUUUUACCGGGAGAAGGCGGUAGAAUUUAAACUACCUAGGUUUUAUGGUCAUCCACUUAAUUGCCUAAAGUUAUGGAAAUUUGUGAUAAAAUUAGGUGGCUAUGAUCAGGACUUGCACUACUGUUCUUGGACAUUCCACGGCUUCUAUGAGAAGUUACUUCUCCAAUACGAAAGGCAUACGACAAAAAUUGGAGUGCUUCAACUUCCUAUUUCUCCUUCUCCUAUUGACAAUGAGGGAAGUGGUUACCCAAUUUCUGCAUCAGGAAGGGCAGUAAGAGAUUCCGCUGCUCGUUGUAGGCUAGGCUGGCAGCAGAAACACCUUCUUGGUUAUGGUGAGGUUGCUGAGUCAAUUGACAUGAUUGCCAACAAUAUGCCAAAACGUGCGAAGAGACGAAAAACUAGUGGUAAGAUUGAUCAUCAUUCGAGAUCAUUAGUUUUUGCUUUAACUCAUUCGCUUAUCAAAAAGAAUAGUGACCGCAGCAGAACUUCUUGUCAUAUUCAGGCUCUUAAGCACGAGGGGAAAAAUGAAGAGGAGCAUCUAAUGAAAGCUGCAGAAGCUAAAACAUCUCAUUCGUACGUCGUUGGAUGCCAAGUUGUUGAUGUUGGACCCCCCGCUGAUUGGAUGAAAAUCAAUGUUCGUGAAACAAAUGAUUCCUUUGAGGUCUAUGCAACGGUGCCUGGGCUUUUACGUGAGGAGGUACGAAUUCAAUCUAAUCCAUCUGGUCGCCUGGUCAUUAUUGGUCAACCAAACCAACUUGACAAUUUUUGGGGUGUUACUACCUUCAAGAAGAUGGUCAUAUCACCUGCUAGAAUUAAUCAGCUUCGGACCAGCGCUGAUGUCUCCCUUCAUGGGUGUCUUCAUGUUCAUGUGCCCUUUGCGCAGCAGAAUAUCUGAGUCGACAAUGCAGAAGUAUUGAUAGUGAAUGCUUGGCCAUAGUCGUUUUGUUGUUGUUGUUGUUCAGCCAUCCCAGUAGAAACUUAGAUUUCUUUUCAAAGACAUAUGGAUACGUGAUGAACAUAGCUUGAGGUAGUAUGUCUCACAAGCAUGGAAACUGGGAAAACUUUUGCCGCUUAAAAGUAAAAUGCGAGGAUUUUUAUGUCCCAAAUUUAAAAAGUACAAUUACAUAAUAGCUAAGUACAACAUU